UGUCAGUAUGUAUACAUAAACCUAUUUAUAUUCAUAAUCAUAGAGAAAUCAGGGAAAAGUAUAACAUAGGAAAACAACAAUUUCAGAGUUGGAUAGUGUUAUAAAAUGCAGGGGGAUACACAAUAUAAAUAAACUGUCUUAGACAUCGGGAAUUGGUUCGAGGUUCCUACCUCGAAAUGUGAAUAAUUCUGACGUCACUUGCUUGGCUGACGAUUGCGGAAGUAAAGUGCUGCUCCAGUCUGCUAUUUCAGAAUCAUAACAGUGGAAGUACCUCUGACUUAUAUAGUUGGAGUAUUAGAAGUAUUUUUAGGUGUUUAUUUGGUUUUCUUUAGCCAUCUACUAGUUACCUCUGCGUGUGACGGAAAACGGUGACGGAGAUAAAGAGUCCACUGUCAGGAUGGAGGAACCUGGAGGUACUGCAGCUGAGGCUGUGACUCCAUCAUCAGCAGGUGCAUCAAAAUCAAAGCUGGACACGCUGUCCAAAGAUGACCUCAUCAAAUAUGCCAAAAAGCAAAUAGCUGCCAUGCAAAAGAUGAAGAGCAAAUGUUCAGAUUUAGAAAAGGAAGUGGAAUCCCUCAAACAACAGCAAUCUAAAAGCGGUGACGGCAAUCCAGAUGACGCUGCUUUGUUUCAGGAGCUGACUGAGAGGAUGGAUGCCUUAUUACUGGAGAAGGCCGAAACUCAGCAAAAUGUUACACUCCUGCGUAAAGAACUGGAGAAGACUAAACAGCAAGCUAAGGAGGAUUUAGCGGCUCUUCAAAGUGAGCAUGAGCGUGUCAUGGAAGACCUUCAAAGGAUGAUCAAGAACAUGGAAAGCAGCAUUCAGGAAGCCAACCGUAAACACCUGGAAGAGGUGUCUCAUUUCCAAAAUUUAUUAAUAGAGCGAGAAGAGAGAGACAGGGAGAGGGAGAGUGAAAGAGAAAAACAGCGGCAGGCGGAUUAUGCCAUUGAAAAAGAGAGGGCAGAAGAAAGACGGCGGGACUUAGAAGUUCAGCUGGAAAGACUCAAAGCUGAGCUGGAGGAUAUCCAAGAAAAACAUUCUCUAGAGCUUUCCAAGAUUCAGGAGAACUACCAAAGGGGCUUUACAGAGGCCCAGCAGGAGGUGGAGAACCUGAAGGAGGAGCUGUCACAGAAAAGUCUGCACCAUGAAGAGGAAAUGAGAACUCUGGAGGAGGACUUUGAGCUUGAGCGGGAGCGUCUCUUGUUGCUCAACGAGGAGCUCACGGAGCAGCUUGCUCUUAAAGACAGCUACCUGCAGGACGUUCAGGAGGAGGAUGAGGAACCUCCCCGUGGUUCGGGAAUAGCACAAAUGCUGGAACUGUCAAGGAAAACCCAGGCAGACUGCUCUGGCGAUGGGGAGGACUCUGAGAGCAGCAGGCUGGCAGCAGCUCUGGAGGAUCUUCAAGCUCAGAACACCAUGUUACAGGAUGAGCUCACGCUGCUCAGCAACCUGAAAGGCGAGCUUGAAGCAGAGCUGGAACGAGCUAAGGAAGAGUUCCAAACGGAAAGGGAAGAGCUGGAGUUCAAGAUCAACGAGCUGCAGCUGAUUAAGGACAGUCCAUCCACUGAACCUAGAAUGAUUCUAGAUGCUCACUAUCAACAUGAAGAAUUGAAAGAGUCGACAGUUAGCUUAGCACAAGACCAAAGCUCCCUGAAACUUGAGGAGCAGCAAAAUCUGAGCCUGGAAGUAAGAACCCAGUGCGAGGCCUUGAUCAGAGAGCGAGACUCUGCUUUGACUGAGUGCCAACACAUGAGGAACAUUCUUCAAAGCACUGAAGCGGAGCUCAGUGAGAAGACUAAAGAUUUUGUUCUACAAUAUCAAGCUAUGAAAGAACAGGGAGCUAGUACAGUCCAAGAACUUCGAGAUACCAUUGAAAAGCUCAGUCAAGAGAGAGAUGACGUUUUGGGCAAAAUGAAUGAAGUUAUAGAGGAGAAAAAUGCUCUGAUGAAGGAUGUACAAGACCUUAGGCAGAAGCUGGAAUGUCCACCCUUUGAAAACCAAGAAAUGCAGUCAUCUGAGGAGGAGCAAACUCCUUUAGCCUGCAAAUCCAAACCAUCGGUGGAGGACUUCACCCAGCAGAAUGAGCAGAUCCGCUCCCAACUGGAAGAGCAGGAGAACAUGAUUCAACAUUUAAAGGAUUCUGUCGCCACGCUGAAAGAGGAGCGAGACAAAAUACAGAACUUGCUAAAUCUCAAAGAGGAUGAAAUGCGGAACCUCAACGAAGAGCAAACAAAAGCAAUGGAAAAGCUGGAGCAGGAAAAAGCUAAAGAGGUUCUGAUGCUCAGAGAGGAAAAAGAGAAUGAGCUGAAAAGCUUGAAAGCAGAAACCCAAGAGAAAGUGAAACAACUAGAGGAAGAACGAGAAAAAGUAAAAGAAAGCCUGAAAGAAAAGCUGGUGAAUAAAGAGAUGUUCUUUAAGUUAGAAGCAGCAAUCAAAGAAAUGUCUGAUGAGAAGGAUAAUCUCCAUCAAAGGUUGGAAGACAUUUUAGUGGAACUUUCCAAUGCUCAAAAAGAGAAGGACGUUUUGGGCUCCAAGGUGUUAGCUCUGGAAGUUCAGCUUAAGCAGGAAGCAUCUGUAAAACAAGAGCUAGAAGAAAAGUUGAAAUUAGCGACAGAAGAUGCAGCACGAAGCUACGCAUCCAUGCAGGCGCUGGAGGAAAAGCAGUCUCAAAUACUCCAAAACUCCACUGAUGAAGUCGAAGAGCUGCGAGCACGUGUUGGUGAGCUGGAGCAAGAGAGGAACCUGUUGAAGAGCAGUCUAGAGGAAGCUCAGAAUGAAUGUAAAGCUGAGGAGAUGCAGACGGAUCUACAGACGCACAUUAGAGACCUGGAGAAGGAGAGAGACAUGCUGAAAGGGAACCUAGAGGAGGUGGUUCAUGACAUGGAGGGGCUCCAGAGAGACCUUCAGGAGAUGAAAUCGCUCAAUGAAACCGUUUUUGAUGAGAACCAGACCUUACAGGCUCAGGUCUCUCAGCUGAAUGAAGCAAAGGUGGAGAUGGAGAAAAGGAUGGAGAACUUGGAGAAAGAGAGCAAAGAGCUCAGAGAUCAGCUAACAGAGAAGGAGUCGCUCAUAUCUCAGCAGAGGGGGGAGGUGGCUGCUCUUCAGGAAUCUGCUGUCCAGUCUGCUUCCUCUGAGGAAAAUACAUCUGAGAUGACAGACAGGCUAGCUUUGCUACAAAAAGAAAUCAAGGAAAAGGGUGAGAAGAUGAAUAAAAUCAAGGCAGUUGCUCUCAAAGCAAAGAAAGAGUUGGACAUCCAUAAGAAAGAGGUUUUGAGUCUUAAAGAGGAAGUGGAGUCACUGAAAGCAGAAAGGGAGAAAGUAAACAGUUCAAUGAAGGAUAUCAUCCACAGUGCUGAAGGCUACAAGAAUCUGCAAAUAGAUUAUGACAAACGAAUGGAGCAACUGGAUCUGCAGAGGGAGAAGGUGGAGGCAGCGGAGAGACAGAUUGCUGAGCUGACCAAACAACUCAGCAGUGCUGUCACACAGAGGGAAGCACUAAGCAGUGAAAAGGAGGACUUGAAUGCCGGUUUGGAGACGGCGAGGAGCACAGUGAGGCAGCUGGAGACCAAAAACCAGGAGCUGCAGAAACAGAUAGCAAGUCUGGACAGAGAUCUGUUGGCUGAGAGAGCAAUGAAAGAGCAAAAGCUUAAGGACUUGGCAGCUGCCACAAAGGAGGUGGAAGAACUGACAGCAAAGCUCCGCAAGCAACAGGAGCAGUCUCAGCAGACUGCCCAGGAGCUGGAGCAACUGCGCAAGGAGGCCCAGCAGAACUCCCUGAUGGACAUGGAGAUGGCUGAUUAUGAGCGUUUGGUGAAGGAACUCAAUGGCAAAAAUGCAGACAAAGACGAGCAGAUUAAGGACUUAAAAGCCCAGAUAAACACUCUCUCCCAGAAGCAGGAGGCGUUCAAGAAAGAAAUAGAGACUCUGAAGUCCCAGGUGGACCAUGAAGAGGAGAAGUGCUCUAAGAUGAAACAGCUGCUGGUAAAAACUAAGAAGGACUUGGCUGACGCCAAGAAACAGGAGAGCUCCCUCAUGAUGCAGCAGGCGUCUCUGAAAGGAGAACUGGAGGCAAACCAGCAGCAGUUUGAGAGCUCCAAGAUUGAGAUUUGUGAGCUGACAGCUGAGCGCCAUCAUCUGCAGGAGCAGCUGAGGUCAGCGCUGGAGCAGCAGCAAAGAACCAGCAACUCCUUACAGCAACGCAUACACAGUCUGCAGCAGGACAGAGACGCUGCCAAGGCUGAGCUUUUGGCAACAACAACUGAGUUUGAGAGUUAUAAAGUGCGAGUCCACAACGUUCUCAAGCAGCAGAAAAACAAAGCCAGCGCUCAGAGUGAAGGAGAUGCUUUUAAACUGGAGAGAGAGCAGUUGUCCUCUCAGAUAGAGCAGCUGAGGGUCAGACUGUCGGAGAGCCAGCAGAGCCUCCAGAGCAGCACGGCUGAGCUGCAGCAGCUCCACAUUGAGCAUGACACUCUCCUGGAGAGGCACAACAAAAUCCUCCAGGAAAAUGUCAGCAAGGAAGCUGAACUCCGUGAAAGGCUUUUGUCGCUGCAGUCAGAGAAUGUGGCCCUGCGGUCAGACUUGUCCCAGGCUCAGGCUGACCUCUCGUCCCAGGUUGAGACCCAGCGGCAGACCUACAGAGACCAGCUGAGGAAGCUGCAGGACGACCACCGGGCCACUGUGGAGACCCUGCAGAGACAGCUGACGCGCGUUGAGGAGCAACUCUUCACCCUGCAGAGCCAGAACAGUUCGUUGUUGGUCCAACACAGUCGCAAGACUUUGGGGACAGACCUUCAGCGCAGAAAUGGAGACCAAAUCCAAGCCGGAAUGGGAAUGGUGGCCAUCAGUGACCUUCAGUCGAUGGCCAGGGAGGAAGGGGAGGGCAUGGAGACCACAGAGACCGAGAAAUCCUCCCCAGCACAAACCUCGCUGCCCUCUCUGGAGCAACUACUUACAUCACCUGAUCCUAAACAAGAACCAUUUGUAUGGACGGUGGAGCCAACCAUAGAGGAGGUAACUGAAAAGCUGAACACCGCCACACGCAGCAUGGAGCACAUGAACAGCCUGCUACAUGAAACUGAGGCCACCAAUGCUAUCCUCAUGGAGCAAAUCACUCUGUUGAAGAGUGAAAUGCGACGUCUUGAGAGGAACCAGGAGAGGGAGAAAAGUGUUGCCAACCUUGAGUAUCUGAAGAACGUCUUGCUGCAGUUCAUCUUUCUGCGUUCAGGCAGUGAGAGGCAGGCCCUGCUGCCCGUCAUUCACACCAUGCUGCAGCUUAGUCCAGAGGAGAAGAGCAAACUGGCUGCCAUUGCACAGGGUGAGGAGGAAGGAAGUGGUUCUCGGGGUUCAGGGUGGUCUUCGUACCUCCACAGCUGGUCUGGGAUCCGAUAAAACUGGAGGCUAACCAAACUGACCUUAAGGACUGAAGGCACAUUGCAGUGACUUUACUGAGCCAUUUUCUGUGAGAUUGAGUUGUGAAACAUUGACUCCAUGGUGGAUGUGGUCACUCUAUAACAGUACUGGGACCAAUGAAUGUAUCUGCUGAAAAAACAGCCUGGUGGAGAUUAUGAAGACCAAAAUACUUUAACUUAAUCUUAGUUAGCAUUUAUAGGUCCAAGGUGUAGGUGUGUUGUAUUUAUGUUUAUUUAUGAUGCCACAUCUCAUUGUAAAAUCUUCUUUUCAAUUUAGGGCAUUUUAGAGCGCAUAACAAAUCUGAAUCUGUUACUGUUUUUCUAAUCCACAUUUAAUGGGUAAAUGAUGAGAUUAUUCUGGGACAUUUAUGAAAACUAUUACUUGAACUUGUCACAUGCCUGAUAAUGAACCUUUUGUCCAGAUUCAUUCACUGUUGGCACUUUGUGUCUAUGUUUUACGGGAAGCUGUUUUUUUUUCUCUCCCCAUUCCUCACAUCACAUGUGAUCAUGGUUUGUUUCAGAAAAGCGUCUCUUUAAUCUUUAACAGCUUUUGCCUGGAAGGUCCAGAUAAAGUUAGACAUUUUUCAAUGGCGCAUGGUUUUUGGUAAUAAUUACCUAAGGAAGUAUGAAAUGGUUUGGUGUUAAACUAUAUCACAAUCGUGUCUGCGGAUCUUUCCAAUGAGUUUCAAAUACGUCAUAUUUUAUCUUUUCUUAAGCGGGGGGGGGGGGGGGGGGGGGUAAUGUUAAAGAAAACCUCCAAAGGGCGAGUUUUCAUCCAUAACAUGCAUCAGUGUUUGGUUCGGGUUGUUAUUUGUUCUCUCUAAAAUAUCAGUAAAUGGAGGAUGGUGCUCACGAUUGCAUCUGUACAUUUUUAGGUGCCUUUUACCAAGAAUAUAACUCAGACCUCAUUAUAAAACUCCUCAAUAUAUAUGAAUUUGAGGUGAAUGGAGAAAUAAGCAUGCAUUUAAAUCUAUUCUGUAGUCAGAUUCUCUCCACAGGUUGUGUCACUGGCAGUCUUGUAGGAUUCAUUCAUCACAAAUGAAUGUAUGUUCUUCUUUUCGUUUAAUCCACGUUUUUUCUUUUGUGAUGGGUCCUGUAAGUUUGAAAGAGUUCAUUACAAUAAAAUUUCAUGCAAGAUUCAA